UAUAAGACAGGUCACACACCACAGCUCCCAAAGCUUGUCCUCUCGUCGUUUAGACUUUUAUCCCAACACUCUUGUCCUUCCCUCUUCCUCUCUCUGCUCCGCUCCAGAUCUCUGUAGAGAGAGAAAGUGUUAGUUUUGUCUUAUUUAUGUGUCCAGAAUCACUUCCUUUCUCUAUAAAACCUCAAAACCCAUCACUCUCUCUUCUCUAACUCUUCAACCGGUCUGAAACUGCAAUCUACCAUCUCCAAAAUUCUAUCUUUUUUGGUUCUGUAAAGACUCUGUUUUUCUAUUUUGGGAAUUUGAUUAAAAAGAGAGAAAAAAAAGUUUUCUUUCGUGAAAGGAGAAGAAGAAAUGCAGGAUCCAGCAGCUUAUUACCAGUCGAUGAUGGCGAAACCACAACAGCAACAACAACCGCAGUUUCCGGUUCAAGAACAGCUAAACUGUCCUCGCUGUGACUCACAAAACACGAAAUUCUGUUACUACAACAACUACAACCUGUCACAGCCACGUCACUUUUGCAAAAGCUGCCGUCGUUACUGGACCAAAGGCGGGGCUCUCCGUAACGUCCCCGUCGGUGGUGGAACUCGCAAGAACGCAAAACGAUCGACCACAUCCCCUACUUCUCCUUCCAACAACAAGAAGACCAAGAACACCGAUCCGGAUCCUAAUUCACAAAGCGCGCACAAACCGGAUACGGAACCGACCCGGAUGUUGUACGGGUUUCCGAUCGGAGACCAAGACGUGAAAGGUAUGGAGAUGAGUGGUGGUGGGAGUUUCAGCUCGCUUUUGGCAUCGAAUAUGCAGCUGGGUCUAGGCGGGAUCGUUCUCGACGGGUCGGGUUGGGAUCCGGGUAUGGGUUUGAGGAGGAGCGAAGCGGGUAAUGGAAGAGGUGGUGGUGGUGGUAACCCGUGGACUGAUCUGGCUAUGAACAGAGUGGAGAAAAACUGAAGAAAGUAGAGCGUAUUUUGGUAAAUUAUUAUGAAGCUGUAAAACUGAUUUUAUGUGCCACGUAGACAAUGAACAGGUUUGAUGAAAUGACAUGUUAUGUCAUUUUAGUUAAUAACUUCUUUUUACUAGUGUUUUUUUGUAACUGAACUUUAUUUACUAGUUCCUACUUCCUUUUGUUCUUUAGGUUUCUUAAAAUACUAAUCUUGUGUGUAUUAUAAGGAGAUUUUCGGUUUCAUUUUCUUA